CAGAUCUGGAUGUUUCCCAUCUCUCCCCAUACCAUCGUUGUGAUCCGCUCGUUCCACUAACCAUCCCGACGGGAUUUGCAGUGUUACACGCACAAGACGUGAUACUUGUUCCUGACGCUGCACCCUCUCACCCUCCCUCCGUUCAUUGCGUCCGGAAGGGUUCCCGAUUCCCUUCCCGCGUUCCCCUGACCAGCUGGAAGUGUCGCUGUGUGUGCUCGUCCUGUGCCCGUACUUGUACCAGUGCUAUAGUACUAGUACGCAGCACCCGUGCUAGCCUGGUGGGCCUCCUCCAAUUCGUGGAGAAAUCCGAGAGGCUAUUAUUGAUAUGGAUAUCAUAGAAACUCCGGUAUGUGUACCGGCACCACACUGCACGAUACCUUACUCGAGUGCGCUCGAGAGUUUGUUAACGCGUCGUGCGGUGUCUGCAAGGUCAAGGUCAAGGUCUCCGGCCACUCCUUCAUUUCCCCUGGCUAAUUCCCUCAAAACCAUUCCUCACUAACGGGGUAAAAAACACUUGAAUAACUAUGGUGAACCUGUAUAUAUACCUGCAUGGGAACCGAGGAAACCGAGGAAACCGAAUGUAUAAAGUCAUCCCAUUCUUUUGGAGUCCGCAUAUCAUACCUUUCCACUCUUGCCAGUUCCAACCCUCACUGCUUGAGCCUCUCCCCUUGCCCCGAGUGCUGAGUGCUGUGUGAUCUCGUUGUUUUCGUUUUUCCCCCCUUUGCCAUCCUCACCUAUCCCCCCCCCCCAUACGGCACUCGCCUCUGCCCAUCUCCCCUAACCAAUCACGCUGGCGAUCCAGCAACGUGCGGCUCACAAAAGUUUCGACCGCAGAAUCACACUCCAAAAAAGCAUUGGGGCCGCUCCUUUCUCAUAGCUCUCCAUUACCCCCUCCCCCCCCCAAUUUCUCCCCCCGGAUGUCUUCAAUAUUACUGUCCGUUCUAUCCCUCCUUUUUUUUCCCCUAAUCCCCUCUCCUCUGCGUUAGGUCUCUUUGCUUAUACUCCCCCCACUUCCGCAGUCGCUCUCUCUACCCCGCUGCUCCCGGCUUCUACGCCAUGAACCCCGCCCCGACUGCCCUCCCAGGCCCCUCUUCCUCGUCCACCAGAACUUCUUCGGAGACUAUCACCCGCCCCUCCUCGAGCAAGUCGCUUUCUCCCGCCGAUUUCAAAUCGCCCUCCUACCCGCAAUAUGUCAAAUCUCCUUCUCUUACCGCCUGGUCACCGAAAGGUGGACAAGCAAUGCCAAAGACAACAAGCAACUCACCGCCAGCAAACUCGAAACGCCGUUCGUCGAGACCGCAAACACCGAGGCUACCGUCCUCCUCCUCUUCGCCUCCCUCGGCUUCAAAGACCUCUCACCACCACUCCGCUAUGAACCCUCCAGCCACUCCGGUAGCCGCCCACUCCACCCCAUCCGUCUCAUCUACCCUAUCUCCAGCACCCAAAGCACCUACUGCCUCUUCUGCCCCUACCGAGCGCCAUCCUAAAUCCUCAUCUCCCCCAAAACGCCCUCGGCAUUCAGAUCCUUCGGUCAAAUAUUUACCUUCACUAUACCAGCACUGUCCCACCCAGGAUCUUGUCUACCUGAUAAGCGACAUGCUUCUUGAAUUGGUCGGUUUAAAUGACAAGAUUCCACUAUCCGGUGCUGGUUUGACUAGAUUCCACUCCAGGUACAGUCUGAUCUUCCAGAACCUUCUCCGGAGAUCUCCCGCUGAUUUGUGUAUAUGAUAGAGCGCCCCCGACUAUCUCAAUCCCCGAUUACCUCUCUCGUCUAGCCCACCACGCCUCGCUCCAGCCAUCAAUCCUUCUAUCAAUGGUCUACUACAUUGAUAUACUCUCAACACAUUAUCCUCCGUUCGUUGUCUCCUCACUAACUGUCCAUCGAUUUCUCAUCACAGCUGCGACUGUAGCGACCAAGGGGCUCUGCGACUCGUUUUUGACCAAUGGGUUCUACGCAAAGGUUGGGGGUGUCAGUUUAAUGGAGCUUAAUUUGCUGGAAUUGGAAUUUCUGGUAAGGGUGGGGUGGAGGAUCGUUCCGAAGGGAGAGGUCCUGGAUGAGUACUAUCGAAGCCUGGUUGGCAGGUGUCAAUCGAAAUACGCAAUCUCGGUAGUCACUCUUGACGACGACCAGGAAGCGAGCAACGCUCCCCCCAGACCAAGUUCCAGCUCAACAACGUCUGAGCUACGGCAGGACGCUUCAUCUUCAGCAGGCGAGGGGAGCGAGACGGGCAGGUGACAACGCAUGCGUAAGGAAGGAUUUCCUUAGCCAAGAAAACAAGGCACUAUGUUUAUGUCCCCUUGGACUAUUCCUAUCAUUACUAUAUUUUAUGGCUCGGUCCAUAUCUUGUUUCUCAAACUCAGGAGUUCAUAUUUGGGAAAGAGGGCAUAAGACGUUUGGGGAUCCGGAAUCGUCCUCGAAUUAGAGUAGCACGAUUGGGGGUGUUGGUGAUAGUAAUGGAUUUCAUUUAGUUCGUCCCCUAACCUAACUCGCGCAAGGCAUCGCUAAACGCACGAUGCAAUACUUAGUCGGGAUAUCAUACAUGUGAAUUUUUUUUUCCUAAUCCCCCUUUUUUUAAAAUUUCCCUAUUUUCUUUUCUUUUCCCUCUUACAACGGUUGCUCUAUAACUAUAACCCCUUAAUACAUUCGGACAAGACGAGGCAUAACACCAAUCAGGAACGAUCACUCGCUGACGGUGUGCAAAAGCGGUUCCCCGCCAAUACCCCGCAACAAACAUAG